AACAAUCACACUGAUGAAAUGUAAACACCCAUAGAAAAAAAACAAAGCUGACCAAGUGGUAGCGCACUCGCACUCAACAAACUUCUCAACCACCUGUUGGUUUAAAGUACAGAAAAAAAAAAUAUUAAACUGUCUAUGUGUCCGGUCAUCACAGUUGGGGCGGGAUCGUCACUUUCAGCCAUCAUCUGUUUGCUCUACUUCUACUUCCACUUCCUCUACUUCUAUUCAAACUAAAAGUUAUUAGUUACUAAAAAAUUAUUGUUUAACUGAGCUGUGUUAAUUAAGGUUGUGUUUAAUUAUCUAAAAUGGUACAAAAAAAUAUUUUAAAUAAAAGUAUGCUCAACGAAGUACCUAAGGAGGAGCCAAUAAAAGUCAAACACUCGAAAAGUUCAAUUAUGUCGGAGGUUAGGAAAUAUUAUGGAAUUCAACAUUAUAUGGGGCGUUUGGAGGAUUCACUACGAGAAACCACACAACGUUUGGAGUUAGUCGAAAAAAAACUACUGUCAAAGUUAUUGACCCGGGAGAGUCGGGAGAUAUUUGAACGUGAGGUGGAGUUACUCCGCGAAGUUUUAGACAAAAAUAGAAAUUUAUUGCAAAAAUUACGCCGUGAAAACACUCGCACAUUUAUGGUCGCAGCUCCUUUAGUGUUUGCUUGUUUUUUACUCUACGGAUUGUACUGUUUAAUUUUUAAUCCUACCGCAUUUUUAACUUCUAAAGUUGGAGACGUAAAUCCAUAAGCUUCAUAGAUAAUUAAUAAAAUUUAGUUAAAUUUAUUUAUAGUUUAUUG